ACAAUCUUUCUGAGACUUAACGCUAGUUUAGCAGCAAUACCAUGUCCGGCACCACCACCUUGUGACUGUGAUUGGAACAGCAUCAACUGUGAUUCCAGAAAUCUGUCUGAGGUACCUAGAUUCAACCUCUCCGAAAGCAGACCUUGGCAGGUUGAUCUAAGCUCAAACAAUAUCACCUAUAUUCCAAGUAAAGCAUUCGCUAACAUCCGAGGGUUAAGUUAUGUAAAACUUGCAAACAACCAGAUUGCGGACAUGGCCGAUGAUGCCCUCUUUGGUGCUGAGAACACGCUUGAAUUUCUGUUCAUGAGAGACAAUAAAAUGAAAAAGAUUCCAACUGCCUUGGGUAUGAUGAGGAAAGUGAGUUCUCUCUCCAUUGACGGAAACCCUGUACAAGAUUUCCAAGUCAGCGUUUUUCAAAAUGUAUCCUCCACGCUCCAGUACCUAGAAUUCGGCUAUCCAGGAAUGUCGUUUUGGCCAGAUUCAAUACGAUAUUUAACAAGCUUAACGAGUCUAUCAGUCAUAUAUUUAACGAUGGAUUAUCUGCCCUUGUCUGCCUUUCUCGGACUAGAGACGUCUCUCGGACUUUUGGAAAUUGAGAGAUGUUCUAUCCGAAGUCUGCCGUUGUCACUGAGCUCACUAGAUGCCCUUGAUGUGCUGUCUCUCACCAGUAACCCCAAUCUGAAACUUUCCGGAAUCCCGAGAGAAGCUUUCAGCGGUAUUAAAUCUCUAGGUGAAAUUUCUAUCACAAAUCAAAGCUUCGAUACAGUUCCUGACAUCUUUCACGAUUCACUGACGAUUCGUGACAUCGACAUAUCAGGAACACCUAUUACCCAUUUUGACGCCUCUUUGAUUCCGGAUGAAAAUAACUUGCAAACUGUUAGUCUUUCGGAUACGCUAUUGUCCGAAUUUCCCCCGGCGAUUUCCAAAAUGAAAAAUUUACAAUCUCUAAUUAUUCGGAACAGUAGCAUUACCUCAGUGUCUGGAUCAGACUUGGAAGGUUUGACGAAGUUAACAUACCUCGGUAUAAUGAACGCUCCGCUGACUUCUUUCUCUGAUGACGCUUUAAAAGACACACACAAUCUUCAGUGGCUGUUUCUUCCUAACACAAACCUGACGACAGUACCAAGGGCAAUAAAUGGACUCUCAUAUCUCCGUUUAGUCGAACUGGAAGGCAACAAAAUCAUUUGUACAUGUGCUAGUUUGGGGUGGCUGAAACAUUGGGAAGGAAACGGAUACUUGAUACUCAAUGGUGACUGUUCCAAUCUGCAGAACGUCAGUCUUAGUUUUUACUAUAGAGAACAGGUUCCGAAUUGUCCAGAUGAAAGCAAUAUCUAAUUAAUCACAGUCUGAUAUGUUUGUUUAAAGUGAUGUUUCCUUGAAUAAAAGCG